AUGGCAAAAGGAAUUCCAAAACCUAAACGGUCGCCCGUCUGUAAAAUUUCAUUUGGCCAAGUCUCCAAAUCCAUAAGCUUUCAUAGACUUAACUGUUAACUGACAUCUUAUAGCUAGUAUAUUUCCUCUUGGCUCUUGUCCUCUGGCUAUUAAUAAACUGUGGACUAACAGAUGGAACUCCCAGCACCAGAAAGAAAGAAGAAAUCUUAUCUUGUUUUGUUUGAUUCCACUCAAUCCUCUAAAUUCAGCAGCAGUCAUAACUCAGAAACAAAGAGACAGAAAAAGAGAAGAAGGUAGAACAACACUGGGCGCCGAGAUAGCCGCCGCCCGAGGUAGGGAGAGAACGGGAAGAGAUGGGAAUGGCGGCUUUGAAUGUGGCGUCAUCACCGCCGUCGCCACUCUGCAGCUUCUCUUCCAUACACAGUCUGAACAACCAUGAUUAUUAUAAUAUUAACCAUGCAAAUUGCUCACAUUCUGCAAGUGAAUGGGUCUCCACUAAGGUUAACAAGAAUAAUUGUAAAUUCCUUCCGUUCCCUUGUUCUUAUCAUUCCUCUGUUCCAUCGACGAAACCCAAAUCCGCAGUCUCUCGGAUGCAACCUAAUCUCUCAAAAUCAGGUGGCCAUGGAUGUUCAUGGAUUCAGGGCAACUCCAUUCACGUGCAUCAGAUUCCCAUUUCCAGCAAAAACUGGAGAAGGGGUUCAGUGGAUUCAGCUUUACCAUCUGCACCUGUAGAAGUUGCUUCUGUGCAGAACUUUUUCGAGUACAUAUGCGCAGGUCCACUUAUUGGCAAGAUGGGUUUGACUUCAGAUACAAUUGCUGAGUCCAUUGACAAGUGGAUUCUCUAUGGAUCCCUCUUGAGCCGGUUGUUUCAGCUCAAUGACAUGCACCUCACUGAUCCUCAGAAAAAAAGGUUUUACCACUACUAUAUCCCGGUUUUUUUAUGGUGUGAGAAUCAGAUUUCCAAGCACGCUUCCCAGUUCAAAGAUGGAGAAGACAUACCUCCCCUAGUGAUUGGUUUUAGUGCGCCUCAAGGUUGUGGAAAGACUACUCUUGUUUCUGCUCUUGCUCAUCUCUUUGAUGUCACUGGAAGGAAGUCCGCGACAAUAUCAAUAGAUGAUUUCUAUUUGACGGCAGAGGAUCAGGGUAAGCUGAGAGAAGCAAAUCCGGGAAAUUCACUUCUAGAGUUACGUGGAAAUGCUGGGAGCCAUGAUCUUCCAUUCUCAGUUGAAACACUGACUUCUCUUUGCAAAAUGACUAAAGAAGGUAUGAAGAUGAAGUUACCUCGCUAUGAUAAAUCUGCAUAUAGUGGUAAAGGCGAUAGAGCCGAUCCUUCUGCCUGGCCAGUUGUUGAAGGACCAUUAACGGUGGUUCUGUUUGAAGGUUGGAUGCUUGGGUUCACACCCCAACCUGUAGAAGCUGUUCGAGCUGUUGAUCCACAGUUGGAGAUAGUGAACAAGAAUCUCGAAGCAUACUAUGAUGCAUGGGACAAGUUUGUGGAUGCUUGGGCAGUCAUAAAGAUCCAGGACCCAAGUUGUGUUUACCAAUGGCGACUGCAGGCAGAGAUUGCUAUGAGAGAAGCAGGAAAACCUGGGAUGACUGACGAAGAGAUUGAGGACUUCGUUUCCAGGUACCUGCCGGCAUACAAAGCUUAUCUACCUGUACUUUACGGUGAAGGACCAAAGGGGUCGACUCCUGAGAAUCUCCUGGUUAUUGAAAUUGAUGAAGGCAGGAAUCCCAUUCUGGAGAACUAGCUAGUUAAUAUUAUCUGGAAGGAAAAAUGCUGCGAAUUUGAGUCAAUUUUAUGAAGAUUUCCUGUUUCGUUUUCAUUUGAAAACUCAGGUUUAUGCUAUUCGUUGUUAAACAAUCUAGAAACUUAUACGAGAUAUGAGUCCAAGAAGGAUGGGGAGAGAUGAUUACCCACUAUGCGAACGAUUAGCCCCCUAAACCACAAUGUCCCACAGCACACAAUGUAGAUAGCUGCAUCUACUUCCUUCGUUGGCUGCCCAGGGGGACAUGUUGCUAUUGAGGCUAUGCACAAGUGUCGUCUCUAGAGUUUAAUGAUUGUUAUGAUUAUGGUCAGUCCUUGCUGAUGGAGAAGCAAUUAUAAGUGUGGGGUAAAUUGAAGACACUUGAAAAUUAGCAAUUAUAAGCAAUAACUAAAGUAGAUAUAUUUAUGUAGGGCAUGCGGAAUACGAUUAUUGAUGAUAGUUUAGGUGAUUUAGUUUUUGCGUCAGGUUAUUUUUGUAGUUCCAAGACCUAUAUCAAUAUGUGCCCGAGUAAGUUCACUUGAACAUGGAUGUUAUCUUCAUAGGGGACUGGUGUAGUGGGAAAAAUAAACUUGAAAAAAGUAC